GUGCAGGAACAGAACAGCGGCGGAGAAUGAUCGGCGAAGCAUAGACAUUGAGGCGUCUGCUCCUUCUACCUUCGCGCUACAGCGCAAGCUCCUCUCAUUCAUCUCCGACAGCGGUCAGUCUUCAACUUUCUCUUGUCUGCCCUACCUCCGCCGUGUGCCAGGUGGAGGUGGUGCAGCCGUUCCUAAGGAGGACGAGAAAAAACAAAGAAAGACUAAAUAACUUAUAGGCAGCCCGAAUAGUUUCAUUGCCUUCUCUCAGAUUUCUCUGUGAACUAAACAAUGUUCACGGCGGCAAGCGCGGGAAAGUGGCGGACAGCGUUUCUCUCUCUGAGGGACGAAAUCUCAACCACUCCACAGCCACCUGUUCCUCGUUUGCUUCAGGAUCUAAUCUUCUCUCACUCCGACUCCCUUCUCUCUGCCGUCUCCCUCCUCCCACCGCACGAGCUCACUUCUGACUCCUUGUUCCUUCUCGAUUUGGUUUCCAAAGCUGAUGGUCCUGACUGGAUCCCUGUCUCUCUUCACACUUGCCAACUGAUACACGAUGUUUGUGCUCGUGUACUUGUGCAACCAAAUUCAUCUUCAUGGCCCCUCCUUCUUCACUCUUUUGCUUGUGUCUUGGAGUUUCUUCUCCGCCAACCAAUGCCUUCGCCCUCUUCCACUGCAUAUUCCUCCAGAAUCGAACCUGUGAUCCAAUGUUUCGACACUCUAAGACGUUUGGCCGCUCUGUGCCACAGAAAUAGCUCCCAUCCGGAGAACAUUCACCUUGUCAAGUUUGUCCUGCGCAUAAUUCCCUUCCUACACCAUGAUUUAGUUGCAUCGUAUGGUUGCUCAAAUCAAGACUCUACUGGGAAAAAACUGCUCAGCUUAUGGGAUGCCAUGGCUCUUGCCUUUGACAUGUUUGGUGGAGCCUUUUCUGUCUCCGGGUCUUUGUUUCCUAAUGACGUCGGCCAGUCCACGCUGGAGGUUCUAAGGAAAGUAAUGGACGUUUUAGCAUCCAAGGGCCAGCUUGUCGAAGACCGAUCUAUGUGGCGCUUCUACUCAUGCCUUCUUGACUGUGUGCACGUGGUCCUUACAAAUAUCAAAUGUCCGGUUUCUGAUCAUGUCUCAAGUUUCAUAGCGGCAUUGAGAAUGUUUUUCUGUUUUGGACUUAAUGGCCCACCUCAGUUCACACAUCCUGAUGUUGUUCACAAGGAUAAGCAGUUUAAUGUCAAGCUUUCCCCAUUGGUUUCUGGAGUAAGUAAGAACGCCGAAAAUACUCCUUAUAGGCCACCCCACUUGCGCAAGAGGGAUGAUUCGAACUCUAAGCUUCCAGUGUCUUGUGACUGGCGGCGCCUGUCUGCUCAUGAUUCUGCUAGUUCUGAUGUUAUAUCAUCAGAUUCUGAUUUUAGUGACAAUGAGGGAUCCUUUAGGGAUUCUUAUGGCUCCCAAAGCUCUAAGGUCAGGAUAGCUGCGAUUGUUUGCAUUCAGGAUCUUUGCCAAGCUGAUUCAAAGUCAUUUACCACUCAGUGGAUGGCACUCGUGCCAACCAAUGAUGUACUGAAGCCACGGAAGUUUGAAGCUACUCUUAUGACCUGCUUGCUUUUUGAUCCUCAUUUGAAGGUAAGGAUAGCAUCUGCAUCAGCUCUUUCAACCAUGAUGGAUGGGCCUUCAUCUAUUUUCCUUCAAGUAGCAGAGUACAAGGAAUCCUCUAAGCAUGGAUCGUUCAUGCCCCUCUCAAAUUCCCUUGGUCUAAUAUUAAUGCAACUCCACACAGGCAUUCUACAUUUGAUUCAACGUGAUAAUAAUGGUAGAUUGUUGAUUCAGCUGUUCAAGUUUCUCAUUCUGCUGAUAUCAAGCACACCUUACUCGAGAAUGCCAGGAGAUUUGCUGACAAAAGUUAUAAUGUCUCUGCACGCUAGGAUUAAGGAGGGGUUUCCCUUCAAAAAUGAUAAAACUGGUCUCCUGGUUGCCGCAAUAGGUUGCCUGACAGCUGCAUUCUCUACCUUUCCUCCUCAGAUGAAUGUACAUAAUAUGCUUUUGGAUGAGACAUCAGCAGGAUUCGAGGGAUCUGAAUGGAAGUCAGGAGUUAUUUUUACUUUAUUUCGUUUUGCUGAGCAAUAUUCUGACGCACCAACAUGCAUUGAGGCUCUUCAGGUCCUCCGAGCUAUGGCUCUCAAUUACCCAACAAUAGUGUCAGCGUGUUGGGAACGGGUCUCUAUCCUCGUGUAUAACCUUUUGCAGUCUGCUGUCGUUGAAGAUCCUGCAACGACAUGGAAGGCUUCAGUUAAAGAGCCUGUUGGAUAUAUUGGGGAUAAAAUCCUCACAGCUGCUAUUAAGGUUUUGGAUGGAUGCCUUCGAGCAAUAUCUGGAUUCAAGGGAAGCGAGGAUCUUCAUUAUGAUAGAAUAAUGGAUACACCAUUUACAUCUGACUGCAUAAGGUCAAUAAGAAUUUCAUCUGCACCAUCUUAUGGAUUUGAGAACCCCGAAUUUGGUCAAGAGCCACUCUUUCAGGCAGGAUGUUACCAAUGGUCUGAGGUUAUUCGUAAACAUAUAGUCCUGGUGUUGCACAAUGGUUCUGCGGUGGUGAGGAGCACUGUGGUUACUUGCUUUGCUGGUAUUACAUCAUCCGUAUUUGUUUCUUUCAGUCAGAAGGAAAGGGACUUUGUUACUUCAUCAAUUAUAAACGCUGCAUUGCAUGACAAAUCACCUUCAGUCAGAUCAGCAGCUUGCCGAGCUAUUGGCGUAAUUUCAUGUUUUCCAGAAACUUCUUUAAGUAUUGGGAUAUAUGAAAAGUUUAUCUUAGCUGUUGAAGCGAAUACCCGCGAUCCCUUGAACUCGGUGCGUGUAACAUCAUCCUGGGCUUUGGCCAAUGUAUGUGAAGCUCUGCGUUACCGCGUGAAUGAUAGGUCCUUUGAAGUAGGUUCAAAUACAACUUCACAAGUCGUGGACUCGCUAAUAGAAUGUGCUUUGCGCCUUACUGAAGAUGGGGACAAGGUCAAAGCCAAUGCAGUUCGAGCACUGGGGAGUAUUUCUAAGUAUGUAAAAUUGAGAUGCAUGACAAGUAACCACGAGGUUUUACCUUCCCCCCAUCACCAUUUAUCUUGCGCAGUAGAUUCAAGCUGGUUGGAGAGAACUGUGCAAGCAUUUCUUUCUUGUGUUACUACUGGUAAUGUUAAGGUUCAAUGGAAUGUUUGUCAUGCGUUAAGCAAUUUAUUCUCCAAUGAGACAGUAAAACUACAAGAUAUGGAUUGGGCUCCAAGUGUUUUUAGUAUUCUACUAUUGCUGCUUCGUGAUGCAUCAAACUUUAAGAUAAGAAUACAAGCUGCUGCCGCUUUAGCUGUUCCUGUAACCCCACUUGCUUAUAGGAGAUCAUUCCCUGAUGUUGUCAAAGGUGUGUGGCAUACUUUACAGAAUCUGAAUUCCGAUAGAGAGACGACACCAACAAAUUUCGAAUAUAAGAGAUCGCUUGAGAAUCAGUUAACCUCGACCAUGCUGCAUCUCCUUAGCCUAGUUUCAAGCGGUCGUUGUGAAGCGUUGACAGACUUUCUUCUAAAAAAAGCCUCUUUUCUAGAGGAGUGGUUAAGAGGAUUGUGUGUCACAUUGAAGGAGGAAGACAAUGCGUCGGGAUCAUCAAGCAGCACGAGCACUUCGGGUGAGAAGCAGAAAAAAGAGUUGAUCUGUAAAGCUAUACGGUCACUUGCCAGUAGCCUAGAGGCUAGGGGUAUCCCUGAAGUGGCUCUAAAGUUGCAAGAGCUAGAUAGCAAUGUGAAUUGAUAUAGCAGGCUACGUUUUCGGGUUAUAUUCGCCCUGUUGUAACUCAAGUAUACAAUUCAACAAAUGUACAUUACCUCCGUGACAAAUUUUGUUAUGUGCCGAUAUAUAGAAAACAUAUUUUGUUGCUAACA